UCAAACACAGACAUGUACGGGUUCAUUAACAGCUGCCUCCAGUCUCUGGUGAUAGAGAGGUUUGGCCAGGACACCUGGGACAAACUAAGCUCUCUGCCAGUCUUCCAGGAUACCUUCAAUACAUACACGGUUUACGAUGACAUUGUAACUCUCAGCCUGGUGCAGGAGACGUGUUCUCUGCUGGAUGUCUCUGCUGAUGUGUUUCUUAAGCUUUUUGGCGAGCAUUUCUUUACUUUCUGUAAGCAUGCGGGAUACGACACGAUGCUGAAGACGCUGGGAGGAAAUCUCGUUGAAUUCAUCGGAAAUCUGGACGCUCUGCACAGUUACCUGGCCCUGUCCUAUCAGGAAAUGAAUGCGCCGUCUUUCCGAGUGGAGAUGGCAGAUGAUGGGAAGAUGCUACUCCACUACUAUUCUGACAGGAAGGGCCUGUACCAUAUUGUGCCUGGCAUCAUCGAGGCGGUCGCCAGAGACUUUUUUAACAGCGAGGUGACCAUGACGGUUCUCAAUCAGUCCGAAGAAGAUGAGAGGACUGGGAAGAAGGAGCACGUUGUGUUUCUGGUCAAACAGACCAAACAGGCUCGCAGGACUACAAAUGAGAGCCAUUCCAGUGCUAGAGAGGAGGCAUUAUUCAGAACAAUGAGGGGAAGGUGUAUGUCUCUGGCUGUGAAGAAGAGUGGCUGGGACCUGAUCAGGGCUGUGGUUUGCACAGAAAACGGCAGCCUCCAAUGCACCUUCAGCCCAUGUUACCCGAACAAGCUGUGGAUGGAGGAGACAACCUUCUGCAACGCCUUCCCCUUCCACAUUGUGUUCGGUGAAGAUCUGAAGGUUAGGCAGACAGGGGUGAACAUACAAAAGUUUGUUCCAGGUCUUCAGGCCAGCAAUACGACGUUGGACCAAUACUUCACCAUUAUACACCCACAGGUGACUUUUACCAUCGAGAGCAUCAGGAAAUUCAUCAACAGUCAAUUUGUUUUGAAGAGCUACAGAGACGGACACACCACGCUCAAACUGAGAGGUCAGAUGUUGUGGAUGGAGUCUCUUCGCUGUAUGUUGUACCUGUGCUCUCCGAAGCUGCGAAGCCUCCAGGAGCUUAAAGAUGUGGGCCUCCACCUGGCUGACCUGGCCCAGCACGACGUCACCAGAGACCUGGUUCUCCUGAACCAGCAGCGUCUGGCUGAGAUGGAGCUAACGAACCAGCUAGAGAGGAAAAAAGAGGAAUUGAGAAUCCUGUCCAAGCACCUAGAGGCUGAAAAAAAGAAGACAGAGACUCUUUUGUAUGCCAUGCUGCCGCGCCACAUAGCCAAUCAGCUCAAAGAUGGCAAGAGCGUGGAAGCAGGGGACUUCGAGGCGUGCACCAUUUUGUUCAGCGACGUGGUGACCUUCACGAACAUCUGCGCUGCCUGCGAGCCCAUCGACAUCGUCCACAUGCUCAACGCCAUGUAUUCCAAGUUUGACCGACUCACCAACAUACAUGACAUCUACAAGGUUGAGACUAUCGGUGAUGCAUACAUGGUGGUGGGUGGCGUUCCAGUCCCUACAGACACACAUGCGGUCAGAGUGGCCAAUUUCGCUUUGGGCAUGAGGGUGGCAGCACGGGAGGUAACCAACCCGGUCACAGGCAAACCCAUACAGAUCCGAGUGGGUCUCCACACCGGCCCGGUGUUAGCCGGGGUGGUGGGGGAGAAGAUGCCGCGCUACUGCCUGUUCGGAGACACUGUUAACACAGCCUCAAGGAUGGAGAGUCAUGGACUCCCUGACCACAUUCACCUCAGCCCUUCCACAUACAGUGAGUUGAAGGAUGCAGGGUUCAACAUACAGAAGCGUGGGCAGAUUGAGGUGAAGGGUAAAGGCCAGAUGACCACCUAUUUCCUUUUGGGGAACCUGUUGGUGUCAGAAGAUAGCAUCAUGGGAAGGAACUGUCUUCACACGGAGGACUCUCAAUACCAGAGCAACAGAGAGCCUGACAAAGAGGCUGGCGCGAGAGCUGGGACCCCACAGGAAGACCCGCCCUCAAAUGGAGCCCGGAACCCCAGCUCCUUAGACACAAUCAGUCCCUUUGCCUGGGACAUCACCCCACCGUAUGAGACCAGUAAGAACAGCUGCGACAAACCUGAGCAAAAACUCAACAGCAAUCUUUGUGUCGUACUCUGACCACCUCGGAUCACCUCUAAAGUGGUGAACUGUUCUAGGUUCUGCCCGCUUGGAAGUGUGCGAGCUCAACAGGGAGAGCAGGCAAGACGACAGCGAGGAUGCCAUCUGCGCGGGUGUCUCGAUUGGUUAGUUUAGUGACAGGGACAACUCGACUCAAGCACGCUCGCGCUAUGUUACAAAGCAUCUCAGUCCACACCGCAGGGAAGAUUUACUGUUACCCAUUCAUCGCUAAGUACGUUCCAGACCCAAACGGAGACACUGCUGAUAUUAGUAUUGUACUGACACACAAUAGCUGGGGAAAAUAAUAAAAGAAUACCAGAUUGCGAUGGCAGAGGUACCCUCCGUGUAAUUCUCACCAACAAAAUUCCAUCUGCACAGACCAAAAGCUGCACACUGAGGCCCAAUUACAUAUAGCCUGUAGUCUGCAGUAGGUACGAUUAAUUUAUGAUUAUAUCCAUUCGUCGUGAGUUGCUUUUACACAUGAAUGUAUUUUGAUAAUAGAGUUAUUAUUUGUCACAUGGUUUUCAUAUGGACUAUACAUACGCAUGCAUUUACAGAAUGUAUAGGUUACCAGGGGUCUGUUUUACUGCCAAACGAUCAGAAUUGGAAUUAUGAGCCCACACAAACACUGCUUCUUUCAAAUGUACCUGGCCCAACCACACAAGCAUGCACGCACACACACUUUUUGUUUCCAACUUAAAGACUCUCUUGCUAGAUUUUGUGACUUCUCAUUCAGACCCUCUUAAAAAAGGAACGUGCUGCAAGUGCUCAGGAAGAAAAAAAAAAAAAUUUUUCAGGUUGCGUUUUUUUUUAAUAAAUACUCACUAAAGACAUGAGAGGUGAAGAUUAACACUGCCUGUUUUAAUGAAUUGAUUAAAUGUCAUUAUGUCAUCACCAACUGAUCCUGACCUAAA